ACUUCCUGUAGACACUCUGCACAUAGCAGCUGGUAGUGGAUACAGCAACAGCACUCUGUUUAUCUCCGAUUGUUUGUCGAUAUCAAGAUGCUAGCGCUCAUAAACCGGCUUUUGGACUGGUUCAGGUCCCUCUUUUGGAAGGAGGAGAUGGAACUGACUUUGGUGGGACUUCAAUAUUCUGGGAAGACCACUUUCGUCAACGUGAUAGCUUCCGGCCAGUUCAGCGAGGACAUGAUCCCCACGGUGGGCUUCAACAUGCGGAAGGUCACCAAGGGCAACGUCACCAUAAAGAUCUGGGACAUAGGGGGGCAGCCGCGCUUCCGCAGCAUGUGGGAGAGAUACUGCCGAGGAGUCAACGCCAUCGUGUACAUGGUGGACGCUGCAGAUCGUGAAAAGAUCGAGGCCUCCAGAAAUGAACUGCACAACCUUUUAGACAAACCUCAGUUGCAAGGAAUCCCUGUGCUAGUGCUCGGGAACAAACGAGAUCUUCCUACUGCUUUGGAUGAGAAGCAACUUAUUGAAAAAAUGAACUUGGCAGCUAUUCAGGACAGAGAGAUCUGCUGCUACUCUAUUUCCUGUAAAGAGAAGGAUAACAUAGAUAUCACACUGCAGUGGCUUAUCCAGCACUCAAAGUCCCGGAGGAGCUGAGGGCCGAGCCCCCCCCGCUCCUUUCCCCUGCCCCCUGGUCCCUGGUCCCACUGGCCACACCAUUCCCCCCGUCAGCUCCCAUUACUCACCCAGUGAUGAAGUCAUGCUCCCACCUGGCUGCGCGUGCUCUCUCUCUCUCUCUCUCUCUGUCUCUCUCUCUGUCUCUCUCUCUGUCUCUCUCUCUCUCUCUCCAGUUCUCAGUUCCUCUCACUCCGUAUCGCCUCCGCACACCCAGCUCACAGCAUGCCCCACGCCCCACUAAAGACACAGGCCUCCAGAUGCUCCCUAACCCCCAACAGCUCUCCAAAGUCCCAGAGUUGUCACGGGACUGUCGACAGGGAGUCUGACUGCCCUCUGCCUGCCGUGUGCUAAAUUGCCACCUCAGAAACUAGUCUUCUCAGGGGCCUGUCACACUGGUCCAGGACCAUCCAUGGUCCAUGCCUUUCUGCGUGAGGUAGGAUUGGGCUUUCUGGCCCUGUUGCCUUGACACAGAGAUUGUUUCAUGAAUUGUUCCCCUUGGCCGGUCCAAUUCAGUCAUGUAGCACUGAUUUGUGGUACAGGUGUCCCCAAACAUUAACCAAAAGCACUGAAGAGGUCAAAUAAUUAGAAAUGUUCAACAUAUACUGGUUAUUACCCGGGUGAGCAUGUGUAAUGAUGAAUGUAGAAACUAUGAGCAUGAAUGUAGAAUAACGGACAUGAGGUGAAACUGCAUAUGAUGAACCAGUUUGGACUGAAGAGUUUAAAGUGCCUUCUGCAAAUUGCUUUGCCCCCUGAAACCCCCUGAAAUUCAAAAAUAAAUGAAAUGGAGGAAGGCACAGUUUAAUUGGGUUCUACUCUUUUUGAAUUCGUAUUGGCUCCCCCAGGUAGACGGCCUGUUUCUGUGGACAUUUUAGUGACAACUCUGGAGGUGCCCCACUGUAUUCAAUACAGAUGUAAAUACGCUGAGCAGGUGGGAGUUGUGUGAUGAAAUGUGCACAGUGUGAUGUAUAAAGCACAAGCUGAGUUUUGGAAGCCGUUGCUUUGCUUUCUUACUGGGGAAUGUGAACGAGGACUUUCCCCUGAGAGCCACACCGUCUGCACCAUUUUAGAAGCCUAGGUGGGGGGGGGACUGUCCGCCAGUCUGGCCCAUAGUCAGUCUGUCAGUCUGUUGACCAGUCAGUCAGUUAGUCCCAUGGUCUGUCAGCCUCAAAGGUGGUCAGUGUCAUAGCCUGCAAGUCCGGCCCAUAAUCAGUCAGUCAGUCGUGUAGCCGUGAUGUCAUCUUCACUGCCGGUCAGUUCUGCAGUCUGUAAUCUGUGAGUGUGUGCUGUAGGCUGUAGGCUGUAGGCCGUAGAGAUGCCUCAAGGCCUAAGCUUCUGCGAGAGCUAGCCAUGUUGUGCUGGAUGUUCCGCCAUUAAUGCCUUACUGAACUGCUCGAUGUCUUGUGUUGUUGAGACUUGGUGAGCAACGCUUCUGUUUGUUUUCAGAGUGUCACCGGAAUGGUCAACCUUUUAAACUGAGCUGGCCUCAUUACAGACUGUUUUAGACAGAGGACAGCUUUAAUCUCUGUUCACUGUCAGGGCAGGCCUGCUCCCAUUUCUGCACCAACUUUAGAAAUGGCCUUGGUGUUUGUGUGGAUUAACCUGAUGUUAAGACCUGUCCUCUCCACAUUCUCAUUCAGGGAGAAUUGGUCAUCGUAUGUGUCACACAGCACACGGCCAUUGGAAAGAAUGAUCUUCCUGAGCAUUUUGAGCAUCUCAAAUGGAGUUUUAUUUAGUAAUUUAUUUUAAAUAGAGGCUUGUUUUUGUUUUACCCUGUUUGGAUGUUUACCUGGGACUGAACAGAUCACUCAGGUGGUGGGAGGUGUGGUACCAUGGUGCAAUUAUAACUGCAAAUUACAAUCAUGUAUACUGGAAAAAAUCCUCAAUUUGCAGUGAAUUUAAAGCUUUCAGAAAGACCUUUCUGUAGCCGGAUGCAUGAAACUGUCCAGAACAGUUGACCAUUUUUAUUUAUUAGUGCGGUGUAAAUAUUGAUAUGUCCGGUAUGCGGUACAGCUUACUGGGUUACACAUUUACACAACAUGCAUUUAAACUACUAGCUGCAAUGUGAAGCAUUGCUGAAGCAAUUCAGCUUUAACAGAGCAUUCAGAGAAACAGCCAUGGGAUCCCACCCUGGCCAGGGAUCUGAACCUUGGUCCUUCUGGGUGAGAGUGAAGUUGUUUGAGCUUCUGCCCACUGCUGCUUGGGUGUGGUAUUGAGGAGGAGGAUAUGGAGGAGUGAUGAAUGCCCCUGGAGCUCAGACUAGCCCCUGUUUUCCAGGAGCAGGUGAGAUUAGCCACUUCUGGGGACCAGCCCCAGUAGCGCAGUAGCACAGCUGCUGGAAAAGCUGUGUUGAAAUCUCUCUCCUUUCAUGAUUUCUGACUUCAUCAGACUUACAGAACUGGCUCUAGGUUUGUGGGGCUUUUUGUUUUAGCUUUUUUAACAUUGAAUAUAUGUAAAUAUUUUUCACCGUACGUGUGAAACUGGAAGCCGCGAUAUGUCUAUUGAUGGUGCAGCUGAGAUUGCCCAUACUUUGCCAGCUUAACGUCGGUCGCCUGAGGUAUCAUGCUUACUAACCGUAUCUGGCCCAUCUCUGCUCUUAGCUCUCGCUACAGUGCCCAUCCAGUUUUAAUGGCACACAGUCACAAUUAUAAGCUUGCUGGACAUUUGCUGAACGUCUUUUUAAAGUAUGUUUGGACUGAUGGUUCAAGUCAAUGAAGAGUAUCCGCACACGUGUGUUACUGCCUGUGUAUUUUCAGAAACCCAUAUGGACACCAUUCAGAUGAGAAUAAGAUCAGUAUGGGCAUAGAACCCUACAGAGAGGUGACGUGCUUGGAUGCCGGUCUCGCUCAUUGAAACGUGGGAGGCCAUGCGACUCCACUAAAAGUGUGCAUUAUGCUGUUAACACUGAACUUUACAGGCUGUUCCUCCUUUCUCUGCAGUGCUCUAUGUGAGACACCUCUCCCAUGACUAGGCCUAGUGAUGCAGUGCUGUUGUUGUGUGCUUAAUGUGGGGACCAGCUGUCGGAGACUCACUGAGGCUGUGUGGGUAAAGGCUUGUGUACCUGGUGUUGAGCUACAGUACUUAACCACCCUCUGCAUUUUACGCAAAUCUGACACUAUUACAAAAACCAGAGGUGCAUUAUCCCCUAUGUGUUUGUAACUGCAUGUGCAAAACUCAGAUCCAUUCACUUCUAGACUUUGUAAAUAAGAAAUGUUAACAUUUUUAUUCAGGUGAACGCUGUUGUCUGUAUUGCAUUUUUGUUUAUGUCUGACUGCUUAAUAAAUUUUGGGUUUUUGAGGGUGA